AUGGACGAGAAUGGAUCUCUCUAUGUCACUGACUAUGGAAAACAUGAAGUGAGACGAUAUCGAAGAGGAGAAUCUCAAGGAACAGUGGUUGCAGGUGGCAAUGGAAGUGGAAAUCGUCUCGAUCAACUCUCUCGCCCACAAUACGUAUUCGUCGAUCGAGAUCAUUCAGUGUACGUGUCUGAAUGGGAAAAUCAUCGUGUGAUGAAAUGGGUGGAAGGUGCAAAACAAGGCAUUGUCGUGGCUGGUGGUCAAGGAAAAGGAAAUGGUCUUACACAAUUGUAUGAUCCUCGAGGAGUCGUUGUCGAUCAAUUGGGCACUGUCUAUGUGGCUGAUUGGGGGAAUGAUCGAAUCAUGCGUUGGCCCAAAGGAGCCACACAGGGAACUGUCAUUGUUGGUGGAAACGGUAGAGGAGAACAAUCGAAUCAACUCAAAGGACCCAUCGGUUUGUCAUUCGAUCGACACGGCAAUCUCUAUGUCGUCGAUAACGGCAAUGAAUGGUAUAGAAAAGGCCGAAAGAAAAAACGUCGAAACGAAAAACGUCGAAAAGAAAACAUCGAAAAAAAACGUCGAAUAAUAAAAAUAUCGAAAAAAGAACAUCGAAACUAA